CCUUCGAGAUUGGAAACCUCAAUUCAUUGCCACGAUAUGGAAGUUGAGAGAAUACAAACCUUGGCUUUUAACGAACAACUCAAGGAGCUUCCAGCACAGUUCAUUCGCCCAGCCAAUGAACGCCCAGAGAAUACCAAAGCCGUGGAGGGUGUCACUGUGCCUGUAAUCUCACUGUCUCAGCCACACCAUCUUUUGGUUAAGGAAGUCACUGAAGCUGCCUCCGAAUGGGGAUUCUUUGUCAUCACCGACCAUGGUAUAUCACCAACACUCAUCCAACGGUUGCAAGAAGUGGGUGAGGAAUUCUUUGCCCUCCCUCAGAAGGAAAAAGAGGCAUACGCAAAUGACCCCUCCACUGGUAGCUUUGAGGGUUACGGGACCAAGAUGACCAAGAACCUCGAAGAAAAGGUGGAGUGGGUUGACUAUUAUUUUCACAUUAUGGCUCCUCCUUCUAAGGUUAACUAUGACAUGUGGCCCAAAUGCCCUCCUUCCUAUAGGGAAGUAACAGAAGAGUACAAUAAGGAGGUCUUAAGGGCAACAGACAAGGUUUUGGAGCUUCUGUCCGAAGGGCUUGCCUUGGAGAGGAAGGUUUUGAAGUCCUCUUUGGGAGAUGAAAAAAUAGAACUAGAAAUGAAGAUAAAUAUGUAUCCACCGUGCCCACAACCAGAAUUGGCAUUGGGAGUUGAGCCCCAUACAGAUAUGUCUGGCCUUACUCUACUUGUCCCGAAUGAUGUUGCGGGCCUCCAAGUUUGGAAGGACAAUAACUGGGUCGCAGUCAAUUACUUGAAAAAUGCACUCUUUGUCCACGUUGGUGACCAACUUGAGGUGCUGAGUAAUGGGAAGUACAAGAGUGUUCUGCACAGAAGCUUGGUGAACAAGGAGCGCAAGCGCAUGUCAUGGGCGGUAUUCGCUGUGCCUCCACAUGAGGCGGUGAUUGGACCUCUUCCUCAGCUCGUUAACGAUCAAAAUCCCCCCAAAUUUUCAACGAAAACAUACGCUAAGUACCGCCAUCGCAAAUUCAAUAAGCUUCCCCAGUAGGGAAAGAAUAUAAUCAGCGCCUUCCUUAUGAUCUUUAACAUAUAUGGACUACUUAGGUGACAUGAAUUCGUAAAUCACAUGCGGACAAUUUGGUUUAAUGAAGUUCGGCUGCUUCUAGUUAUGAAUUUGCUUUUAAAGUAAAAGAGUACCUAAGCAGUUGGCAUUUAAUUUGUUGUUUCCUUUUAAGAAUAAUAGAAGGUUAUGCUGUGCCCAAUUAGAAAAAAAAUAAAAAAUAAAAUAAAAUUUGUGAGCAAUAACAUGAGGAGUUUACUAAUAUGCAUGAAGUUACUAUCUUCGUGAUAUCAUUGUAAUACAAAAUGAUUGUUAAAUAAUGUGUUUUUCGUAUCAACAACUUCGACUUUCGGUGAAUAAACAGUCUAUGUAGAUAUAACUUUCACGUUUC